UUAACAACCUGGAGGAGAGCGAGAAAGAGAGGGAAGAGGAGGAAGGACGCGAGUGAAAACAAACAAACAAGGACGAGACACCUUCAUUUCAAGAUGCAAAUAAUCUCUCCCUAGAAGAUGACCGUGAUGGGGUAGACAGGAUAUAACAUGAUAGCAAAAUAAAAAGCAAUUGUAUCUAAAGAUGUCUGCUCCGCUCGGGCCCCGGGGCGGCCCGGCCGCUCCUCCCGCGGCUGCUCUCGUACCAGAGAUGCCGGACCUUAGCCACCUCACAGAGGAGGAGAGAAAGAUCAUUCUCAGCGUCAUGGACCGACAGAAGAAGGAAGAGGAGAAGGAACAGUCCAUGCUUAAGAAAUUGCACCAGCAGUUUGAGAUGUACAAGGAGCAGGUGAAGAAGAUGGGUGAUGAGGCUCAGCUGACACAGGAGCAGAAGGGGGAUGCGCCCACCUGCGGGAUCUGCCACAAGACCAAGUUCGCCGACGGCUGCGGUCACGUCUGUUCAUAUUGCCAAACUAAAUUCUGUGCGCGGUGCGGAGGUCGCGUGUCUCUGCGGUCAAAUAAGGAGGACAAAGUGGUGAUGUGGGUAUGCAACCUGUGCCGAAAACAACAAGAAAUCCUCACAAAGUCGGGAGCCUGGUUCUACAGCGGCGGUGGUAACACCCCCCAGCAGCUGGGCGACGCCGAGGCCCACCGGGGCAGCCGCCACGAGGAGGCGCCGCGGGAGAAGAAGGCCAAACUGCAGGAGCCGUCGCACUACCAGGGAACCUCAGGGGACAUAUCCACACCAGCGUCGGACAAAAACAGACCUCACGGGCUCCCACGACAGGAGUCGCUCAAAAACGGUUCAGGGCUGAAGCACUCGGGUCCAGGCGACGCGCCCGUCCACAGGAAAAGAAGCCCAUCAGCAUCCAGGGAUCCAAACCAAAAAUACGACCAAAGGGAGGAGAGGGGUGAGCGCUCGCAGUAUGCCCCGGCAGACGGCGGGAUGCCCAGAUCACCGUCCGACUACGGGGAUCGGGACCCUCGCCGGGCGGCGCGGGGCCCGCGGAUGUACGAGGACGCCGACAUGGCGCGCGGGGAAUACCAGGACCGGCGGGGCCACUGGCGCUCGCAGGAGUACCCUCCGGACGAGGAGCUAGAUGCACCGCCCAGCGAGUAUGAGCUGCAGCGGCGGCGCGAGGAGGAGUACCAGGCGCGCUACCGCAGCGACCCCAACCUGGCGCGCUACCCCGUCAAGCCGCAGCCCUACGAGGAGCAGAUGCGCAUGCACGCCGAGGUGUCGCGGGCGCGGCACGAGCGGCGCCACAGCGACGUGUCGCUGGCCUACACCGAGCUGGACGAGCCGCAGCGGCUGUCGCGACCCCGCGGCCCGGCCCCCCCCAUGGAGGGCCAGCGCUCCUACUCGGUGGAGAGAACUUCCCCCGGCCCGGGCCCCGGCCCCGUGCAUCGGGGCCCCGGCCACAGCCCGCCGACCCCGCACCGGAGCCCCGUGCUGGGGGACGUGCGGCGGGGGCCCGGGGGGGAGCCCCUGCGCCGGCCGCAGCAGCACCACCUGGACCCCAGCUCGGCCGUGCGCAAGAGCAAGCGCGAGAAGAUGGAGAGCAUGCUGCGCAACGACUCGCUCAGCUCCGACCAGUCCGAGUCGGUGCGCCCGCCCCCGCCCAAGCCGCACAAGACCAAGCGCGGGGGCAAGAUGCGGCAGGUGUCCCUCAGCAGCUCCGAGGAGGAGCUGGCCACCACGCCCGAGUACACCAGCUGCGAGGACGUGGAGAUCGAGAGCGAGUCUGUCAGUGAGAAAGGGGACAGUCAAAGGGGAAAAAGAAAAGCUAUUGGGCAGGCGUUUUUGUCGGACUCGCCUUACACCUUAUCUGAGAGGCAAAAGAAAACGGUGCGCUUUGGGGGCGGUUCGUUCGAAGAGGACUUGGAGUGGUGCGAGCCCCAAGUUAAAGACUCUGGCGUUGAUACGUGCAGUAGCACAACCCUAAACGAGGAGCAUAGCCAUAGCGAGAAGCACCCCGUGACAUGGCAGCCGUCCAAAGAUGGGGAUCGCCUGAUAGGGCGGAUUCUGCUAAACAAGAGGAUGAAGGAUGGAAGCGUGCCUCGAGACUCAGGAGCCCUGCUGGGACUGAAGGUGGUUGGAGGGAAGAUGACAGAAUCUGGUAGACUUUGUGCUUUCAUCACAAAAGUGAAGAAAGGGAGUCUGGCAGAUACUGUUGGACACCUCCGACCAGGUGAUCAGGUCCUGGAGUGGAACGGGAGGCUUUUGCAAGGAGCCACAUUUAAAGAAGUUUACAAUAUUAUUCUGGAAUCCAAGCCCGAGCCCCAGGUGGAACUGGUCGUCUCGCGUCCCAUUGGAGAUAUUCCCCGGAUACCAGACAGCACACAUGCACAACUGGAAUCAAGUUCAAGUUCCUUUGAGUCCCAGAAGAUGGAGCGUCCCUCCAUUUCUGUCACGUCUCCCAUGAGUCCCGGCUUGCUGCGGGAUGCCCCUCAGUACCUGUCAGGACAGCUCUCAAGCCAAAGCCUUAGUAGAAGGACUGCGCCUUUUGUCCCUAGGGUCCAGGUAAAACUCUGGUACGACAAAGUGGGUCAUCAGCUGAUAGUCACAAUUCUGGGAGCGAAAGACCUGCCUUCCAGGGAAGAUGGGCGGCCAAGGAAUCCCUACGUAAAAAUCUACUUCCUUCCUGACAGAAGUUUGAAUUAUUGUUCCUCCAGUGACAAAAGCAAAAGAAGAACAAAAACAGUAAAGAAAUCGCUAGAGCCCAAAUGGAACCAGACCUUUAUGUACUCGCCCGUGCACCGGCGCGAGUUCCGGGAGCGCAUGCUGGAGAUCACGCUAUGGGACCAGGCCCGCGUCCGCGAGGAGGAGAGCCAGUUCCUGGGAGAGAUCCUGAUCGAGCUGGAGACGGCGCUGCUGGAUGACGAGCCGCACUGGUACAAGCUGCAGACGCACGACGUGUCCUCCAUGCCGCUCCCCAACCCCUCGCCCUACCUGCAGCGGAGGCAGCUCCAUGGAGAGAGCCCCACGCGCAGAUUGCAGAGAUCCCAGAGAAUCAGUGACAGUGAAAUCUCUGAUUAUGACUGUGAGGAUGGGAUCGGAGUUGUAUCAGACUACAGGCACAACGGCAGGGACCUCCAGAGCUCCACUCUCUCCGUUCCUGAACAAGUGAUGUCAUCCAAUCACUGUUCCCGAUCUGUGGACAUGAGUCAGACACGGUCACGGUCGCCCAGUGUCCCGCCCCCUCAGAGCCGGAGUUUGGACCACGGCAGCCGAGGGCCCCCGUCUCAGUACAACACCACGAGUAGAAUGGACCGGCACCGCAUGUCGGAGGACCACUACUCCCCUGACAGGCAUUACGGAGCCCUGGACAGGCGUGAGUAUCACAGGUCCCGGUCCGCGGACCAGCGCCCCGCUCUGGAGCGCCCCAGCACCUCCCGCUCCCGGUCCACGGAGCGCCCGGACUCCAACCUCAUGAGGUCCAUGCCGUCCCUACCGGCCGGAAGAUCCGCCCCUCCCUCACCCGCCUUAACGAGGGCGCACCCACGCAGCGGAUCAGUCCAAACCAGCCCCGCCAGUACCCCCAUGUCAAACCGGAGAGGACGGCAGCUACCGCAGCUCCCCCCAAAGGGAACAAUGGACAGAAAAGAUGGAGAAGAAGGAACAGAGCCUUACCAAGAAGUGACGUGGGAGGACCAGCAGAAAAAGGUCAAUGGUACAGUAACUGACGGCAAGACGCGACAGGACCCCUCCCCCUCUGAGCAAGGUGCUAUGGACGUGGAGGAGCGCGCACGGCAGAUGAAGCUGAAGAUGAACAAGGGCAAGCUGGAGCAGGACCCCCAAGCCAAGCGGUCGGGCCGAGAACCCCAGCGUGGCUCGGACAAUGUCUCCACCAAGUCGUCGGACAGCGAUGUAAGCGACGUGUCCGCUGUGUCGAGGACCAGCAGUGCGUCUCGGUUCAGCAGCACGAGCUACAUGUCUGUCCAGUCCGAGAGACCGCGGGGGAACCGCAGGAUGAGUGACUUUACAUCUAAAAUGAAAAACAGGCAGGUGGGGGUGUCCGGGGGCAACAUGACCAAGAGCACCAGCGUGAGCGGGGACAUGUACAACCUGGAGAAGACCGACGGGAGCCAGUCUGACACGGCCGUGGGUGCGGUGGACGAAGAGGAGAAGAAGAGGCGCUCCAGCAUCGGUGCCAAAAUGGUGGCGAUUGUUGGCCUCUCGAGGAAGAGCCGGAGCACCUCUCAGCUCAGCCAAACAGAGGCGGGAGGGAAGAAGCUGCGCAGCACGGUGCAGAGGAGCACAGAGACGGGCCUGGCCGUGGAGAUGAGGAGCCGCAUGACGCGGCAGGCCAGCCGCGAGUCCACCGAUGGAAGCAUGAACAGCUACAGCUCCGAGGGAAACUUGAUUUUCCCUGGAGUGCGGCUCUCCGCCGACAGCCAGUUCAGUGACUUCUUGGAUGGGCUAGGCCCCGCUCAGCUUGUUGGAAGGCAGACAUUGGCAACACCUUCAAUGGGUGACAUCCAGAUUGGAAUGGUGGAAAAGAAGGGAAAUCUGGAGGUGGAGGUCAUCCGCGCCCGGGGCCUUGUGGGUAAACAAGGGUCCAAGGCACUGCCAGCUCCCUAUGUUAAAGUUUAUCUGCUGGACAACGGAGCCUGCAUAGCCAAAAAGAAAACAAAAGUAGCGAGGAAAACGUUGGAUCCCCUCUACCAGCAGCAACUGUCGUUUACGGAAAGUCCAGCAGGAAAGGUUUUACAGAUUAUUGUGUGGGGAGACUACGGACGCAUGGACCAUAAAUCCUUUAUGGGAGCUGCUCAGAUACUUUUAGAUGACCUUGACUUGUCCCACAUGGUGAUUGGCUGGUUCAAGCUCUUUCCCCCUUCCUCAUUGGUGGACCCUACCCUGGCACCUUUGACUAGGAGAGCUUCCCAGUCCUCAUUGGACAGUUCUUCUGGACCUAUCCCUCGUUCAUAGCAGUGUGGGGGAGAGGUAGCAUUGUCGUAGCAACCAGUGUUGGUGGUAACAGUCUCGACAGGUCACAGGUCAUGCCCUGGUAACACUGCAUGCUUGUUGUUGUCUUCUGAGCCCGUUUCUAGGGAUGCAAAGUGGUCCUGUCUUUUCAGCAAAUGUCGCACACAUUGUGCGUGGAGAACGCCCCUCUGGGGAGAACCAGGCGACGCUAGCUGGAGUGAACUUAUAAGCACGAGGAAUUCAGCAAUGCUAGGUUUUCCGUCCCAUUUGAAGCCAUGAGGGUGCGUGUGUGGGGGGCCAGGAGGGGGAAGGGGGCUAAGAACCAGUCUAUGAGUUCUCUAGAAGCCCUUUUUUAAAAAAGAAAAUCACUGUUUAUGUUGUUCCUUUAUUUUCUUUUGUUUUGUGGUCGAUGUACUUGUUGUACUUGAAGGGGUGGCUGUGAAGGGGGUGAUACUGAGCGUGACCCAAUGCCAGAGAGGCUACACCCAACAAGCCCGAGUUUGGGUUUGGAGCUGUCAGGAAUGAGGGGCUUCUGUCAGGAUUUGAAAGAAGACCUGGGCCCAUAUGCCCCCCACCCCCACCCCGCCCCUACGCCCUGUACCCACAGAUAUGCAUAUGUGCUCAGAGUUAAAGCAGUUCUUGAAAGACAUUUUUGUUUUCUAAAAAAAGGAGAGUUUAAAAAAUGGCAAUACAGAAGUGGCUACCAUCGAUGCUUCAGAAUAUUAACAUCAGAACCCACAAGGUGAACUUUUGUGAUCUAACGUAAUUAUUUCUCUGUUGAUAUAUUGUAUGAAAUUUACAAGAAAAAAAAAAGAUUUUUUGCAU